AUGGAAGAGGAGGUCAACACGAGCAGGGAGGCUCGUCCAUCAGCUUGGGAUGGGGGUAGUGGCAGAAAGGUGUUUGGAACAACAACUCCGCGAACAACCUGGUAUGUGGCCGAGUCGGAUACAGAGGAUAUUCUCCAAGCGGAAAAGGAAGAGGAUGACGUGUGUGACGAGCAGGAAAACAACCCUAACUGUCCGACCAUCCUCUUCACGGCAGCGGAGAAAAUUCAUUGGAGGUGUGAGUGGAGAUCUGCGCUGGUAGUGAAGGGACUGGGUAGACGGGUGUCGUUCUUUCCCCUUUCCCGUAGGCUGAAUAACUUAUGGGGGAAACACGGUGAACUCCAGAUCUCAGAUAUGAAAAACCGGUGUUUCCUGGUGCGCUUCCGACAUCUAGAUGAUUAUGAGUUCGCAAUGAACGGGGGUCCGUGGCUUCUAGGUGAGACCUACCUCACGGUCACACGUUGGUACAAAGGUUUUAACCCCUGGAGGUCGGAGACAACCUCAGCGAUGGUCUGGGCGCAGCUCCCGGACCUCCCUAUUGAGUUCAUUAACAAAGAAGCGGUCAUGAAGAUAGCAACAUAUAUCGGGAAGCCUAUUCGGGUGGAUAAGGCGACUGAAUUUAGAGAACGUGGGAAAUAUGCCCGGGUCUGUGUCGAGGUGGAUUUUACUAAGCCCCUACGGUCUCAAUUCAAGAUCGAGGGUGAAGAAUACCUCAUCCAAUAUGAAGGCUUGGAAAACCUGUGUACUGACUGUGGGAGAUAUGGCAAACCUACCUAUCAGUGUGGCUGCAAGGAUAUGAACAACGAAGAAACCGAGCCUACGCCAGACAUGGUGCCUGAAUCUCAACCGGAAUCGCGAACGAAGGGGCAGGUUUAUGGGGACUGGAUGAUCGUUCAACGUCGAGAUCAUCGAGGGUACAAGUCAAUCUCUUCUUUGAACAACAACCAAAUCCCGGUAAGGCAGAGAGAGAGGGAUGAAGGGGAUAGGAAUAAGUUCUCAGUACUACAAGAGGAAGUCACUUCGGGGGAGGAUGCAAUGCCAAGGGAGACUACUAAAAUGGUGGGGGCGAGUGUACCUGUAGGGGGAGGUGGACCACUGAAUAUACAGAAAACAAAGGGGGCAAGUGAAGGGGUUUCAAGGGGCAAAAGCUAG